UGAAUUCCAAAACAAGCAAGGCAAAUCUUGGCUGUAAAUGAAUGACACGACCUUAUUUCCACGUCCUACCUCGUCUCAUCGUCUGUGUCCCCCCCUGUGCAUGUGCCUCCCGCCUUGGCCAGAAAGCUUACUUGCACCUUGAUCUGCUGCUCCUUCAACACACGAUCUUUACCUUGACAUUGUAAAGGCGCAGUCAUGAAUCACGCUUUGAGGCGCGCUGCGCUUGGAGUAUCUCCUGCUUUGCGAGCAUCACGGCCACAUACACAAUUUGCUUCUCAUCAAUUACCAGCGUUGUACAGAUGCGAGACAAAACAAACAGCUUUUAGGCGCGCCUUCACAACGACGAGAUGUUUCAACCAAGAAGCUGCUGCUGCUGCUGAGUCGCAGGAGGAGACAGCGCGAAAAGAAGAGUUGAGUGAGCAGGCGCGCAAGAGAGAUAUGAAAAAGGUCACAUCUGGUGCCAGCGCUCAGACCUUGGAGAAUGACCGACCAUGGCAUAGAGUGGACUCAGAAGCUGAGAAGGAUUCCGAUAUACCUGACAAGACGGAUAUGAAGAAGGGACGUCUAUUGACAACCCCAACGCGUCUAUUGAAGCUCAUUCUGCCAAUGCCCUUUCAUCCUGAACAGGAACACGUCAACAGACCAGUACAACAAGACGUCGAAGACAAAGGCGAAACAGUUGAGCCCUUAGCUCUCCUCGUGCACCCGCACCAACCUCUUUCUUACCUCGAGCGAUUGAUCCAAGCCGAAAUCCCUCCGGUCCAGUAUAAGGGCCGUGAGAAGCUACCCGACAUCGUAUUCCGAGCCGAAGCAGACCAAGAAGAACAGCAUGGAAAGAAGAACGACAAAAAGAACGGCAGCGGUAAUGUUGCAUCAUAUUCUGGUCUUGGCCAUGAAGGCCCUUCCCGCAAAGAGGCGAACUGGGUGCGCUGGAGUGGCAGUACCGAGAUCGGAGACUUUAUUCGAGACGCUGCUCGCGGUCGAGAAUUCGCGAUUGACGUUGAGGGCUUCGACAAGGAACUUCGAGUUGCGGUACCCAGCUUCAGAGACCGAACAUACUACAUGCGCAUGAACCUAAGACGCAUGUCACGCGACAUUGAAGAAAUGUCAAAGGUCAAGAACGAAUGCGACGCACUCGCGCACAAGGGAGCGCAUCGAUUGGCACAAGGUGGCUUUGCUGCAUUGGCUGGAUGGUGGGGAGUUGUCUACUAUGUCACUUUCCACACGCAAUGGGGCUGGGAUCUGGUCGAGCCCGUUACGUAUCUCGCUGGUCUGACAACUGUCAUGGGCGCUUACCUCUGGUUUCUCUACAUCAGCCGCGACUUAAGCUACAAGGCGGCCAUGAAAGUGACAGUGUCAAAGCGACAAGCAGCACUUUACCAAGAACGAGGAUUUGACCAGAAUCGAUGGGAGCAGCUGGUACACGAGGCUAACCAACUUCGAAAAGAGAUCAAGGUCGUGGCUAGUGAGUACGAUGUUGAUUGGGAUGAGAAGAAGGACUUGGGAGGCGAGCAAGUGCGAAAGGUUCUCGAGGAGGAGAAGAAGGGCCGAGAUGGUACCAAGAUGACUGAGGGCAAAGACGACGACGAGGGACCCGGAUCCGCCGAAGAGGUCAAGAAGAAGAAGAAGCAGUAAACGACGAGAUCUAGAAGUGAGUAGAUGCAAAGUUUGUACACUAAACAUCAGACCAUGGCGAAUGGCUUAGCAUUGGGGGUUCAGAACACGCAACAAUUAUUGAUGGUGGGUGUGGUGACUGACACCUUCAGAGGGAGGAGACUGCUGUAAAUUGAAGGGGCUGGAUUUCGGAUGGAUUAUGGAGUACGCAUAGCGAUAGGCAACAAACAAUUGAUUUCAUGUUAGAUUUAUGACUUGC